AUGUUCAAGUUUCCUCUUUAUGUUGUCGAGUUCAAGGCUGGGCGUGUCGACUACUUUUACACAACAGAUAGUUCGGUCGGCGCUAUUAGUGUUGGUGAUUUAGCUAUCGUCGAGGCUGAUCGUGGCAAAGAUCUUGGAAAAGUCAUUGAUACUGGUAUCAAUUCGUUUCAAGACUUACAGUUAUAUCAAGCGACACACCCCGACGCAUUGGUGGAUUCUCAUAUGUCCAAUAAGGAAGUAUAUCCCAAGCGUAUUUUCCGUCUUGCACAAGGCCAGGAAAUCGGCAUGCUAUUGUCCAAGGGACAGGAUGAAGCCAAGGCUAUGAAUGUGUGCCAGGUUAAGAUUCGACAGCGUAAACUCGCCAUGGAGAUUGUUGAUGCCGAGUACCAAUGGGAUCGUCGUAAGCUUACCUUUUAUUUUGUUGCUGAGCGUCGUGUCGACUUUCGUGAGCUAGUGCGUGAGCUUUUCAAGAUUUUCAAGAUGCGCAUUUGGAUGUGCGCAGUAAACCCUAUGCGUCAAGAGUAG